GAGCUUUAGAAAAACCAGACGACACAGAAGAAGACGGAAUUGUAAGUCCUUGAUUGAUAGGUUGUUGGGUUUUGGCCUGUGUUCCUCUCAUCUUUCCCAUUUGAUCUGAGUCAGCACUUCAAUGGGGUAUGCACAGCUUGUUAUUGGCCCUGCUGGCAGUGGCAAGUCCACAUAUUGCUCCAGUUUGCACCGACACUGUUUGGAUAAUGGAAGGACUCUACAUAUUGUUAACUUGGAUCCUGCUGCUGAGCAUUUUGACUACCCUGUCGCCUUGGAUAUCAGGGAGCUUAUUAACUUGGAUGAUGUUAUGGAGGAACUUGGGUUGGGUCCCAAUGGUGGACUUAUGUACUGCAUGGAACACCUUGAAGAGAAUCUGGACGAUUGGCUGGCAGAAGGAUUGGAGGAUUACUUGGAUGAUGACUACUUAGUAUUUGACUGUCCAGGCCAGAUAGAACUUUUUUCUCACGUGCCUAUGCUUCGGAACUUUGUGGACCAUUUAAAGAGCAAGAGUUUCAAUGUCUGUGCUGUAUACUUACUUGAUUCACAGUUCAUGACCGAUGUGACCAAGUUUAUCAGUGGAUGCAUGGCAUCUCUUUCUGCAAUGGUUCAACUUGAAUUACCACAUGUUAAUAUUCUCUCUAAAAUGGACCUUGUGACAAACAAAAAGGAUUUGGAAGAUUUCUUGAAUCCGGAGCCCCAAGUUUUGUUGUCAGAAUUGAACAAACGCAUGUCUCCUAAAUUUGCAAAGCUUAACAAGUCUUUGAUGGAACUGGUUGAUGAUUAUAGCAUGGUGAGUUUUCUGCCACUUGACUUGAGGAAGGAGAGCAGCAUAAAGUAUGUGUUGGCUCAAAUUGAUACCUCGAUUCAGUUCGGAGAAGAUGCCGAUGUGAAGGUCAAGGAUUUUGAUCCAGAAGCCCCAGAAGACGAAACCUGAUAUGCAUUGGAUCCCCUUGUAUGUAGGUAUCAGAAAUUUGUGAGGAGUGAAGGCGUUGAACUCCUCAUGGUGUCAUUGUCUAUAUCUAGGGUCAGAUUAUGAAAAACUCUCCCUUGUCUUGACAGUUAUAUGAAAGAGAAAUUCUAUGGAGCACUUGCACUUUUUGGA